GGAGCUACUCCUCAUCCUCUACCAGCUACUACUGGAGGAGCUACUCCUUAUCCUCUACCAGCUACUACUGGAGGAGCUGCUCCUUAUUCUGUGGGUGGUCCUACUAAUGUUAUUCGUAAUGAAGGAAUGCUACCUUCAGGAGGUGGUAACUCAAGUCAUAAUGAAAGUUCGCCAAUUUCCAGAAGAGAUAGUUCUUCUGUUGAUGUUGUAAUGUCACCUGGAAGUGGAAAAUCAAAUAAUUCAACAAUUUAUGCUCAUCAUCCUGAAAAGAAUCAUCCCUUGACAAAUAAGAUAUAUGAACUGAAGGAUGAGUUUGCUGAUGCACUACAACUGACAAUCAAGUCCUUUGAGAAUAAACCAGACCUUCUUCCUAAAAUCAUUGAAUAUCUUAAAAGACGUGUCCAUACUUUGCUGGGUCCUUCUUGUGAUUCAGCAGCAGCACAAGCAGUUAGAGAAGAGUUCAGUGACAUUAAAACAAUGGCAGAUCUUUUCUCAACCUUAGAGUACAAGUAUGUAUCUUGGUUUAACUAUGAACUGAUAGUAAGACUAGUUCGUGUGUUCCUAAGUGAUAAUCGUUCAUUAAAGAGAACCUGGUUGUCAUAUGAAGAGAAGUUAAAGGAUUAUUUUAUAAACAGUGGUGGACUAUUGAAAGAUGCUGAUGCUGUACAGUUUGGUAUAACAGACGUUCCUCCUGAUACACGAGUAAUGAUUGCUAAAGUUGAUAGUGAUGACUACACUCCAAGUGACCUUUUCUUCUAUCGUAGGGCAAUACCAAAAGGAUAUGACAUUUCUCAUUUCAAUCUUUAUUUUCUUCGAGUUUACCCUGGUUCUGUUGUCCUAGAAUAUCUCAUUCCUGAGUAUCUUUAUUCUUUAUUAUUUCCUCUAACUACAAAGCUACAGCAACAGUUAGCUAGUAUUGGUAUCACUGAACUAACAUGUGGUGAAGAUAAAUAUGAUCUAAGAGAGUUCUCAAUAGAAGAGGUUAAGCACUCAUCCACUGAUAUUGAUAUAUGUGAUCCAUUAUGGCAUGAAAAUACCAGUACACCAUUACAUGAAGCAGCUUGGAGAGGAUUAAAAGAUGAAGUACAAUG